AGUGCUAUGAACCGGGUUACCUACAGACGAGUGCUGUGAACCGGGUUACCGACAGACGGUGCUGUGAACCGGGUUACCUACAGAGUGCUGUGAACCGGGUUACCGACAGACGAGAGUGCUGUGAACCGGGUUACCUACAGAGUGCUGUGAACCGGGUUACCGACAGACGAGAGUGCUGUGAACCGGGCUACCUACAGACGAGUGCUGUGAACCGGGCUACCUACAGACGAGAGUGCUGUGAACCGGGUUACCUACAGACGAGAGUGCUGAACCGGCUACCUACAGACGAGUGCUGUGAACCGGUUACCUACAGGCCCGAGAGUGCUGUGGGCCGGGUUACCUACAGACGAGAGUGCUGUGAACCGGGAUACCUAUGA